CAGGAAAAGCAGCAGCAGCAGCAGGGAAAUUGUGUGGGCAGCAGCCAGUCAGUUCAGCCAACCAGUCAUCCAGUCAGCCAGCCAGUUGGUCAGUCAGUCAGGUUGAAACAGUUGCCACAGUUGAAUUAUGAAAACGUAUACAAAACUGGCCCGUUUUCGCCGCAACAGCAGUCAAUUCGCCGCCUGAAAGCGAAGGAAAAAUUGUGUGUCCUUUGGUGUCGACGUGUCGCAGCGAAAAGCGAAAGGAGCUGCCGUUAUCGAUUUGUGUGUAUGUGCGAGCAACAACACAGCGGACCCCUCACCCACACUCACACAGCACAUCGCCAGCAGAAGGAUAUUCUUGUGGCAGCAGGAUCUGAAACAGCAACUAAAACAGCAGCAACUGCAACAUCCGCAGCAGCAACAUCUGCAGCAGCAACAACAGCAACCGCAGCAACCUCAAGACAGACACCGCUCUAAACAGAUAUAAUGGCGAGUGGUGGGGACCCCAAGUGGCAGAAGGAUGCCGCCGACCAGAACUUCGACUACAUGUUCAAGCUGCUCAUCAUCGGCAACUCCAGCGUGGGCAAGACCAGCUUCCUCUUCCGGUACGCCGACGAUAGCUUCACAUCCGCCUUCGUCUCCACGGUGGGCAUUGACUUCAAGGUGAAGACCGUCUUUCGGCACGACAAGCGCGUUAAGCUCCAGAUCUGGGACACGGCUGGUCAGGAGCGGUACCGUACCAUCACCACAGCCUACUAUCGUGGAGCGAUGGGCUUCAUCCUGAUGUACGACGUUACCAACGAGGACAGUUUCAACUCGGUGCAGGAUUGGGUAACACAGAUCAAAACCUAUUCGUGGGAUAAUGCCCAAGUGAUCCUGGUGGGCAACAAGUGCGACAUGGAGGACCAGCGGGUGAUCAGCUUCGAACGUGGUCGCCAGUUGGCCGAUCAAUUGGGUGUGGAAUUCUUCGAGACGUCCGCCAAGGAGAACGUGAACGUCAAGGCUGUUUUCGAGCGCUUGGUGGACAUCAUCUGCGACAAGAUGUCCGAGAGCCUGGACGCGGAUCCGACGUUAGUGGGUGGUGGCCAGAAGGGUCAGCGGCUGACGGAUCAGCCGCAGGGCACGCCCAAUGCCAACUGCAACUGUUAGAGUUCCGAUUGGGGAUACCAAUUGGAGGAGAGGAUGGGAGAGCAGCACCACAGGGAAACCACAUCCGUAACAGCCAUAGACAACAGAAUUUGAAAACUAGCUAAUUAGUCAGCAUUGAACCGGGGAUUGCAACUAAUCCUUCAGUAAGCCGACGACGACGGUUCGGAUACCGAUGAGGAGAUAAUGAUGAUGAUAUGGGCAUGCACCACCCCCCUUCGGGGGCUUUGUUUGUAUCGAUAUGUGUAUGUAUAUCCUUUGCGUUCGCUCGCCUCAGUGUAAAUGUCAAAUGUUAUUUAAUCCGAUGUUUGAAUUGUAAUUUGUAACUUGUAAUUUGUAAUUGGUAAUUUGUAACCUGUAAUUUAAUUGGCUGGCCGCGGCGUGGCAAGAACAUUUGUUGAGUGUGUGAAUAUUGAGUUGAAUGUCCAUUCAAGUUGAUAGAUCAAGGUCGAGAAAUUGAAAAAGAGCAAAGAAUUUAACGAAAGUCCGAUUUGACGGUGAUUCGGCACUAAUUAAGCGUGCACCCCGAGUGCUGAUGAAAGUCAUUCGAUUUGAUUUGACCCCCCCAGGGUGGGAGACAGGGGGUCAAGAGGUCAGGAGGUCAGUCAGCACGAGUAUUUCGAACCGUUCUCCACAUCCACAUGUAAAUACGCUGGCUAAACUGUACAGUUUGAGAUGCUUGACGAAACGCACAAAGCUAGCGAAUCGGUGAAAUCGAACAGACAACUAACUAUAUAGUACACCUAACCCCCACACACCCAUGUAUAUGUAUGGAUACACAACAGAACACAACACAACACUAAGACACAAGCAAAGAGCACUGAAAACACAAAAACACACCGGAAACGGAUAUAGUUAUACCCACAAAAUCCCUGGCUUGGAGCAUUCUAGCAAACACAAAUAAACCGGCUGAGUGGUAGGCCGUUAUUAUUAAAUAUUAUGAUUCUUAUUAUUAUGUACGUAUGUAUUUAUGUAGUGAAAUGGAAAAUUUUAAUGUGUUGCAAAUGAUAAAAGAAAUAUAUACAUCAAAUAUACAUGUAUCGCAUAGAGAGUACUAACCCAGACCCAGAGUUGCAUAGGUAAUCGCAGUUUUCUGUUUCCCGGAAACCCCAUAACGAACACCUUCCGAGGGCCAGAGUGACAAUAACCCGCAGGAGAUCAGAUCCAGAUACCCCCUAAACCUCUAAACCUCGAGGUCAGGCAACCCAGCUUGAUUUUCACCGCCCACUUUUUAAUUUCCCCUCCCCUCGAGACUGUUGCGAACUGAAUCCGGAUUGCGAGUUACUUGAACCCACCGAGCCAGCUGAGAGAUCGGUGCAUUUAAUUUGCCAGACCCUCCCGAACACCCCCUUUUAUAAGCACACCACCACCACCACCCACUUUUCUACCUGUAUACCAUAUGGUAUAUGAGUACUAUACAAGGCUUUCCUUUGUUAACGCUUUAAAGACACAAAAAAAACACCACAACAAACCGCUGCCGUGACUAAAUUUGAACGAAAAUUAGAAGCGGGUACAAGGACUUUGACUUUGGGGUCUGAAACUGCUGAAUCUGAAUAUGUAACUGAAUAUAUAUUAUAUUAUAUGUAUUUGCCAAUGCUCGUUAAUGUUAAAUAUGUGUACAAGCAGAGUUUCACUUGAAUUACGGUUAAAUUAAAGGCAUAUCGCUGUAUUAUAAAUACCCAAAAACGAAGACAAAACGAAAAGGAAACCCAAAACCCGCACCCAGGAAAAUGCCAGGAAAAUUCACACGAAAAGCACAACGAGUUGCCAAGUGCCAGAGAGGAAAAGUGGGGAAGGAAACUGGGAUUUGGGACUCGCGAUAUGGUAUUUGGUAUUUGAGAUUCGGGAAAGUUAGGGGAGAUAAUGAUUCUAUACGAAAAUGCCUUAAGCCAGCGACGCAGGUCGCUGAUUGGUCUUUUUGGCAUUCGAACUGUUUUGUAAAAUAAUUAAUCAUACAACUUGCAUAACCACUCCUUCAAGUAUUUGUCUUUAUAUUCUCGUGUGGAUUCGCUUUUAGUCAAGCCCCAAUUAAAUAAUCCAAUCCUAAACUAAAA